AUGGCCAUGCAGGUGUUUAAGCAGUGGCUUUCAGGGUCGUAUUUGAACUCGAUCAUUCAAUCGACAUUCGCCAUUGCCGUAUACCAAAACUAUUCCCUGAAGCGGACAGAUGCCGACAAGACGUCGGGACACACCGACGCUCAAGAGAGUCCUUCGAUAAUACUGGGCAAAGGCUCCGGGGAAGCGUCCGCCGGCGGGCAGGGAUACAACGUAAAAUGUCGCCAUUUCACCGGCUUAUGCCGUGACGCGUCGGUGUCCCGCCGAAUGCACGUUUGUCGGGAUGAUGCCGAUCGAGGCUAUAUACAUACAUCGACCGCAGGCGACCGGCAGAUUCUAUGGCAAAAGAUUGCGUGCUUCGCCAUUCCCACUAUCAUUCGCUGCACGUAUUCAAGUCCAGCCACCAUGUCGACCGAACCAUUGUACCCAGCCUACCUCCCCACCAGGCCCGACGGCUUCCAGCCGACAAUCGACGUGCCGUACUUUGAAGCCGAAGAACCCGGUGUCCGAGCCAAAGCCGCGCGAUCCGCCUCCUCCGCCUCCUCCAUCUUCCGGGACGGCGGCGGCGCCAAAGUGGAGAACAUCACACCCCGCGUCGGCGCCGAAGUCCGGGGUAUCCAGCUUAGCCAGCUCUCCAAGGCCGGUCUGGAUGAGGUCGCGCUGCUAGCGGCUGAGAGGGGUGUUUUGGUUUUUGUAGGUCUUCCAUCGCGGAUAGAGAGUGAUGAUGGUCACGCCAUCGCCAGGCAAAAGGAGAUCGUGAGGCACUAUGGCCCUCUACACAAGCACCCCACGAUGGGAUACCCAGAAGGCACAGGUCCUGAAUUCCACGUCGUCUACGCAGACGAGAAAGCAGGCAACCUCCGCACCCUCCUCGGUCCCCGCACAACCUACGACCUCUGGCACAUAGACCAAACCUUCACCCCAAACACCCCCUCAACGACCUUCUUCUGGGUCCUUGAAACGCCCGCCUCAGGCGGCGGCGACACGGCCUUCACAUCCCUAACAGCAGCCUACGCGGCCCUCUCCCCAGCCUACCGCGCCACCCUCCGCGGCCUGCGGUUAUUCCACACCUCCGCUUCCGUAGGUGAAGUUGCGCGCGUGGGCACGGAGCGCGCUCUCCGCGAGGCCGUAUCGACGACACAUCCGCUGGUGAUCCGGCACCCUGUAACGGGCGAGCCGAGUUUAUUCGUGAAUCCGACGAUUGCGAGGCGGGUAGAGGGGUUUUUGCCCGAGGAGUCGGAUGCGCUGUUGGGGUUUCUGCAUAAUCACGUCAAGAGUUUGGAUUUCAGUUGUCGGGUGAGGUGGGAGGCUGGGUCGGUUGUUGUGUGGGAUCAGAGGAGCGUUGCGCAUAGCGCGGUGCCGGAUUUCAGGGAGGGAGAGAGGAGGCAUAUGGUGAGAAUCAUACCGUAUGGAUCGAGGCCUGAGCCUGCGUUUCCUGAGGAGCAACAAGCCAGUCGAGAGGAUGGAGAGGUGCGGAAUAGUAUCUCCAUACUUCAGGAUACAGACGCGUGUUGUCUACGUAGACAAUAUACAGUCACUUGGCUUGCGAGGGAUAGCAAAACCUCGAAUCACCUUGCCGGGUUUCUUCAUCAACCCCGCACUCUCGAUUCUUCAGAGUGCGAUGAUCAUACGCAUCCAGACCGAUUUGGAGUGCGACAUAAGUGCGAUAAGUGCGGUGAAAGUGCGACGGCAAUGCCAUUCGUCAACCCCACUACUGUCCCGCUCCCGUGCAUGAAGGAGUGUGUCGCACUUACAAGUGCGAUGGCCAACCCCGGUCUGCAUGACAGCCUUACGAGUAUCAUCGUGAAUAAGUACUUGUUUUCUAGCUUGACGGGCGGUCAAAGAUCGAUCUUCACUAGAGUUUCAAUGGCGGUCAACCCGGCUCCCAACAUCGGAUCGCCGGUUGGACCACCUCCUGCGCCUUUGCCCUUCAGCUUGCAAACGUCGCAAGAUGUGAGCGACAUUCAAGAAGAGUCCAACAAACGAAAGAAACCACCAAGGAAACUGGACAGUAUCUCGGUCCUCUUCCAAGCGCUUACCUUGCCCCGCCUGUACGGCAGAGCGCUUAUGGCUUCGGUCAGAAAAUUGCUGACAAGCGAGCUGCGAAGUGCCUUCCUCAACCUCGAACAUGGCCGCAAAAGCGAAGAAGAGCCUGGAAGCAUGAUGAGUAUCCCGAGCGACCGGGGAUCCCACGGCCAAGAUCAUGGUGGCUCUAGCACUUUUUGGAACUGCGAAGAUCUUAUGGAUAUACUUACCGCAGUCCAGCUUCUGAACAGCGUAUACGAAGUCCAUCAUCACCAAAGAACCUCCUUGCUAGAUAUUCUCGAUUUCCAAAAGACUCCCUGCCAAAGCAAUGGACCUGGGACUCAGGCACAGCUCGAUGUACCCUACGUCUCGGGCCUCCAUCAGACCUUACCACUUCUCAAAGACAGGAUAUCGAUCGCCAUCAAGACGAGACUCGGUCACGGCAAGACUACGUGUUUCGCGGAGAGGAUGUUGUUUGAGAAUACUCUCAGUGAGCUACACAGCAAUUUGCCGAAGCGUCCGCUUAUUGAUGGCCCUGUCGAAACCCAUAAACUACUCAUACGCGAACAGAUCUCAGACCUGAUGUUUCGGUCCAGGUCAAGCACGUCGGAGACCAUUACGUUGAAAGCGAUAGUCUCAUUAUCCACCACACUUUCUUCGAGGCUUCCGAUACUUUUGAAGAAAUUUGAUCUCUACGACUGGUCUUACGUUGAACAGGGCUUCGGCCCAGAAUGGGAGAAGUUGGUCCCCCAUGCGGUUGUUGGGUGUCUCCUCUUCGCUCCGGGCGAUCUCUACUCAGACUCGCAGCCAUACGCCAAGAUCUGGGCUCACGACAUUCUGGUGAAAGAGGGCGCGAAGUACCCCAUAGUCGCACGGGAUCUCGCCCUCAUCCCGCCCAAAUCCAGCAGCUGGUCCCUGAAGGAGCUUGCCUUCCUCACCGACCACGUCGGACCGGACCUCAAGGACAGUCAAGGGCUGACUCUCGUCCACGCCGCUAUCUUGGACCGCAGGCCGGACAUUGUGCAUCAGCUUCUCGAGCCGGGAGGCGCCAAACCGUGGCACCGAAUAUUCAGGAGACGGUUCUCCCUUUUUCAUUUCGCAGCCUCGGUGGGAUGCGAGUCGUGCUACGCGGAGUUGCGCUGCCACCCAGAGAUCCGGCCGGCGGAGGAGACGCGGGACCGGAACGGAAUGCUGCCCUUGCACGUCGCUGCCCUUCGCGGGCAAGUGAACGUGGCGGAAGCUAUUCUCAAGGCGCAUUUUGACGGAGCGGAGGAGAAUGAGGAGUACGUGAAUCGUGAGACGUCAGAAGCUGGGCAUACUGCGUUGUAUCUCGCGAUAGCGCGGGCCGAAGAUGAUGCUACAGCUAGAUUCUUGGCAAUGUACCCCGGCGUCGACUUCCUCGUGGAUCGUCAGGUACGGCAGACAGCGCUUCAUGUUGCGGCGUCUCGCAAACGACACGGUCUAUUGCGGUUUCUCCUUUCUCGAGCACCCGAGCAUCAGCUCAAUGUGCAGAACGAAGACGGUGAGACGGCAUUGCAUAUUAUUGCCCGGCAUGGUGACCGAGAAACAUUGAACGCUGUCUUGGACCUCCCCUCAAUUGAACUUGACGUGACGGCCAACGACGGAUCAACACCACUGGUUGAUGCUGUGACGAACGGGAACAUGGAGGCGAUGGAAGCCUUGAUCGGCUGCCCGGGUGUGGAUAUCACGGCGUUACGGCGGCCUUUGGAGCCCUUUGGGUUUUCUGCACUGGAGCAUAUCUUGCAAGAGGCAAACGGCAACGAUGGUUCUGGGGGGUACGUCGAUAUUCUGGAGUGCUUGCGAGUGCGUUGUCCCGAGCUAGAAGACGAUCUUUAUGAGGCUUCAAUGGCUGAGAUGGAGACGGAUGACGGUGAUAUGGAGGUUGAGUAA